AUGCAGCAGAUCUACUCACAGCGAGACGAGCAGCUUGAGGUUUUCACCACCAUCUUCUCCACAGGAACUGGACCGCCCCAGUUCAUUCUGCCUGUUUGCAGGACAAGAGCAAGACAUGUGGAGGGAGACAAGGUGGCGGUGGUGACCAACCAGUACCGGUCUCGUAGGCCCAGGGAACUGGACCUGGAACCCGGAGACCUGAUCCAGGUUCUGGUUCAGGUCGACGAGUCCUGCUGGUUCGGACGCCUGGAGAACGGAGCGGAGGGAUUCUUCCCAUCGGCCUGCGUGGAGCUGAUGCAGGGCGGAGCCUCAUCUGGAGCCACUCCCACUCUGCUGAGGAGGGGUUCUGUUCCUGCUAUGGUUCAGAGGCACAGCGCCCCCUGUGGCUGCAGCAGUGGCCGCAGCACGCCCCGGCUAGUCCUCACCCAGUCCAGGAGGAGGAGCUGCUGCCCCCUGCUGGGCCGGCCGCAUGGCGACACCAGCGCCGACAACAACGCCUUCCAGCCCGACUAG